AUGGCUGGCACCGGCAAGACCUUUGUGGUGGAACAUCUGGACCCUGAGCUUGAAGAGUGGUCUUCUCUGGAGUACGCCAGUAUCGCGGCAGAAUCCCAUGCGUCUGGUGCACAGUUCCUGCUGUCUUCCGUACCGACGUCGUUGAAAUUGCCGGCAAACCUGCAGGGUGCAAAGGGACUGAAUGUCGAGACAAGAGGUAUUGAAGAAAUCUAUGCGGACAGAAAAGACAAGGUGUGUCUGCUGGACCCUGCCGCAUCCAAGGACUUGAGCCCAGAGGACGGCGAGACAUUCGACAUCUUCUUAUUCGGCGGUAUACUUGGAGACGACCCGCCAAGAGACCGUACUUCAGAACUGCGCAAGAAAGGAUACCAAGGACGUCGCUUGGGACCUGUACAGAUGACGACUGACACAGCAGUGCGUGUCACCAGGAUUUGCGUGCAGGACAAGGUUCCCGUCGACAAGAUUUCAUACAUCGAUCAUCCCGAUCUCAAGAUCAACAAGAACGAGAGCACACAGAUGCCAUUCCGUUAUGUCAAGGAUGAAAACGGAGAGCCAAUCAUGCCCAAGGGAAUGCGUGAGCUGAUCGUCAAAGACUCGGCCAAGAGCUUGAACGAUCUCUUCUGA